AUGGCUUCUGUGCUUCCACCGUCAGAGGGGUACCUGCCCCUAUUCAUUCUUUUCGUGAGUUCCCUAAUUACGGUUGGCGUCACGGCCAUUGGGAAUGCCAUUCAAUGCUACACCACUCUUUCGUAUACGCAGCGCCUCUAUCCUGGUCAAGCCUCGACGGCCCCAGGCAAACCCUCGAAUGUGCAAUCCUCCCUGGCUACUCCUCUUUCAUCCAGAACAUUUGGGACGUGGACCCUGGCAGUUGGGAUCGUAAGAGUCUUCGCGGCAUACCACAUAAACGAGGCGUCCUGGUACCAGAUGCAGAUGUUGACCAAUGUGGUGGGCCUCGUUCACUUCGGUCUGGAGGCAUUUGUAUAUAAGACGAGUCCACCAUCUGGUCCUUGGCUGGCUCCUGUGAGCGUAGCUUCGAUAGGGACACUGUGGAGUAUCGCACAAUACGGCUACUAUGUCAAGUAG